CCCGCCCCAUCGUCCUCCCACGACUUAACCCUCGCCUGCCUGUCCGCGGCGGCGGCGGCUGCCCAGCCCGGUCAAGGGGCGGCGAGCGGACUUUGGUCCUGGGUCUCUUCCCGCUCGGCGGCGGCGCGCGACGCCGGGAGCUGGCCGUGGUGCUGAGCUCACAGCUCGGGUUGGGGCGCGGCUCCCUGCCCUGCUAAAGCCGGGUUCUGCGACGCUCUGAGAACCAGCAGUAAGUCGCCAAGGCCGCAAGGAGCAGCUGAGGGCACUGGCAGCAUGGAGCUGAAGAGAGGAAAGACUUUCAUCAAGUCCAGCCUGCAAAUUUCCCAUGAGAAACCCCCAGGGCCAGCAGCCACUGCCUCAGCCAAAGAGGAUGCAGCCCCCUGGUCAGUCUCACUGGGAGAGCAACAACAGCUCCACAGUGAGAGGGGCCCCCAAGUCAGUCCCAGCACCCAAGGAUAUAACAAAUGCUCCAAUAAGGGGGUGCAGCCAGAGCCUGGGGAGGGUGCAACAGCCCUCUGUGGGGCCACCUUCAAACUAGCACGAAAGAGUAAGACUCACAAUGGCAUGCCCGGGACUGACAGGGUGGGUGCAGCCACAGGGAAGCUGGCAGGCAGUGAGAGCUUUCCAGGGCCCUCUGGCAGCCAGCACAUGAUAGAUUACCGCCACUUUGUGCCCCAGAUGCCCUUUGUGCCUGCUGUGGCCAAGAGCAUACCAAGGAAGAGAAUUUCCCUGAAAAAACCCAAGAAGUGUUUUCGGAACCUAUUCCACAUUCGCAGAAACAAGACUGAGAACUUGGCCUCGUUGGCGACCAAGGGGGGGAACCUGUCCUCCCCCAGUGGCCCAUCAGAAGCUGGAGGGCAGCUGGGCAAAGCCUUUUUUCCCAUGGGCGAGGGACCAGGGCUGGACAGCUUGUGCCAGGACCUAUCUGACAGUGAGCUCCUGCCCGACUCUUCCUUUGACCUCUGCAGGGCCCUGUGUGAGGACAUGGCCUCACUCAAGAGCUUUGACUCACUCACAGGCUGCGGGGAGAUUUUUGCAGAUGAGAGCUCAGUGCCAUCCUUGGAGCUGAAUGAGGGUCUGGAGAGCCCAGCACAGGUAUCGCAGGCCCUUGAGAGCAAGGUUCACAGGGGUCCCUUCCAGGGCAGCGCAGAGUACCUGGUGUCACCUGUCCAGAAUGAAAUGUCUGACUUUGUCAGGUUCUGGGACAGUGUGAAUCACUCUGUGAGGCAACAGCAGCGUGCCUUAGUGGGCCCAUGGGUGGGGGGUCCUAAGGGAACAGACACAGCCCAGCCCAAGCUGGAUUCAGCUGGGCUUGCCGAACUCCCUCUGUGCCCCUGCAGGGACCCUCCCAGCGGCUCCAAAGCCAGCUCUGUAGACACAGGCACCCCCAAGAGUGAGCAGCCAGAGUCUGUGUCCACGAGUGAUGAGGGAUACUAUGAUGCCUUCUCACCUGGCCUUGAGGAGGACAGGAAGGAGGCCCUGAGCCCAGGCAUCCCUGCUGCCUCGUUCCCUCGUGACAGCUAUAGUGGAGAUGCCCUCUAUGAGCUUUUCUAUGACCCUGGUGAAGGCUCUAUUGGCCGGAACCUGGAUGAUGAUCUGUGCGUGUCUGAGAGUCUGUCAGGGCCAGCACUGGGGGCGCCACUGUCCAUGUGCAGCUUCCACGUGGGGGCAGAGGAGAACUUGGCUCCGGCACCAGGCCCCGACUUGCUCAGCCAGGGCUUCUUGCAGAGCUCCUGGAAGGGCAAGGACUGUUUGCUGAAGCUCUGUGACACUGAGCUCACCGUCACCAUGGGUGUUAUCAACUGGCUCCGCCGUGGCCCUGAGCUCCGAGCCUCGCCUGACCCAGUCCCUGGGGAGCCUACAACCCCACCCAGGGGACUGGUGGAGAAGCUGGGAGCUGGCUCUGAGAAGAAAUGCCCAGGUCCAGUGAAGCUGGAGGGCAGCGGGGCCCGGGCCUCAGAUGCAAGUGGGAUCACAGUGGACUCAGCACCCAGCAGGCAGGAGUUGUGGGUGCACUCAGGUACCAAGGGUCUCCUUGCAGGAGAGGGUGAGGUCCUAGCAGAGGCUGAGCAGGGGACCAGUUCUCUGUCUAAGGACCCAUCUCUGAAGAGUGUGCAGGUCUCUGGGGAAGAAGGGACACGAGGCUGCCGUGAAGACUUGUUCUCCUCCGUGGGGUCUGUGGCCUCUGUGACGACAGACACUUUCAGCAAAAACAAGGUCCCAAACCCCUCUGCCUGGCUUCACUCCCGGGAGCCCAGGCCACCUGGAAAUAUGGAGUGUCUCCAAGAUCCCUGGAGGCCAAGUCUUAAGGGGAGCUCUCCCGAUGCUGUGUCCCCCCUGACUGGUUCUGUGUCCCAGGUUGCGGGCCUGCCAAUCCAUCCAGACUGCCAGCCCCACGCAGCACAGCCCCCCAGGCAGGACACAGGCAGCAGGCUCUGCAGGCAGCCUCAGGCCAGGGGCCUUGACACUCUGCAACAGACACAGUCUAACAGCUUCCCUAGAGUGGCUGCCUUCUGUGGCCUUCCUUCCUUGGCCAGGCCACUCUACAGCCCAGAGGAUCAGUGGUGCCCAGGCCUUGUCUUAGACCUGAGCCGGCUUAGGGUGGAGUCUGCCAGGCUGAAUGUCCAGGCCCAUACCUCUGUGGCGGGCCAGCCCUCACAGCUCAGCUCAAGAGCCAGGGAGCAGGCAGUACUCAAGGGUCAGCUGGACUUGUAGUGCCCCUCAUCCCUGCUGCCCAGCUGAGCCCCUAGGGCCACCUGCCAGGAAUCAUGGGCCUCACUUCUUACAGCCAGUGUGAGGGGGCCCCCUCUGCAAGUGCCCCAGAAAGCUGCUGUGGGUUCUUGGCCCAUGAGAGCUUCCUCUGUAACUAGCCAAAAGUGGGGUGGGAGGCUCUCUAGUCAACAAGGGUGGAGCUCUACCUGCAGAAUGGGCUUGCGCUCCCCAGGAGCUACAUCUUUGUGGCCACAUUCUGGAGAACUUAAGACCCAAAUCUCUAUGUUUGUCCCUGAUGUGAGGACUGUGUUGGGGGUAGGUAGGGGACAGCAGAACUCAGGCAAGUGGGGCAGGGCAUUUUAUUGCUGAGGCAUCCAUGCCUGAACCCCUUAGCCAGACCAGGUACCGGGUAGCCUAAGCCAAAAGACAGCUGGGAAGCUUCCAGUACUCUCAAAGAGUGCCUCACUGAUUUCCCCACAAGGAAAUGAAGAGUCUUGUCUCAGUGUUGGCUGGGAAGGGGCCACAUCUGGGUGCUCCUCAUACAGCAUGCCAGAGAGGAGCUCAACUUUGACACUGAUGGGAAACUGAUUAUAAACAGGAAGUAGAGUGAGCCAACAAGUCUGCAAGAAGUGUGAGUGUGGGAUCUGAGGCUUAGGGGUAAGACACUGACAGUGGGUGACAGAUGGGAUGGGGAGCUGCAUAGAAGUGUCUGCUGACCCCACCCCCACGUGCGCUCCACCUCCAGAACAAGCAACCAUGAUGUACUGGGAGACCCAAAGGGCUUCUCCGUAGGAAUAAGAAGCAGGACCAGCCCCAUCUCAGCAAAAACCUUGAAUCAGCAGACACCAUGUGUUACUGUGCAACCCACCUGCUCCUGGCUGACAGAUGUUGGUGAAUUCUCUUCCACAAAUCAUCCUCUAUAAACAGUAAUUCCUCCCAACUUAUACUCUCUAAUGGAGCCAUGGACAGCAAAACGUUCUUUAGGUGGAACUGACUGAUUCUGCUAUUGGCACCCUCGACACUGCCAGCACCCCUUCCUCCCCUUCAAGAAAACUUACCUUGAAGGGGCUGGUCUCAUCCCUCCACAGCCACAACACAUGCACAGCAACAAACAUUCAGAAUCGUGCUGGGAAAACGUGGCCCGCAUCCUUGAGAAGGGCAAGCAUCCAUUCUGGCCAGUGUUGGGACAGGAGGUGUAAUGACAGACUGCCUGUCAAGGUUCUCUAAGAGGGGAUCCCCCUCACAGACGCACUGCAGUGAGACACAAAGGCUGGGAUGCCACAGGAAGCCUAUGAAAUUGUUUCUGAAGGAAAGGUCAGCAGCAAAGGGGUAGGUCAGAGGACAGGGAUGGGACUGCACACUGAGGGAUGCAGUCAUAGCUGGGCCCAGGCUGGUGCCUCUCCUGGCUGUUUGAGUCUCUGUUUCAGGUGAGAAAAUGCUCUGCAGCCCUCAAUAACACCACUUUGCUGGGGUCGACUGUGUGCAGGACACAGUCAGCCCCUAUAGGCGCAAAAGCUUAUGGUAAGGCCCCUGACUGGCCCACCCAGACCUGGACACAGAGGAAGAUCAGGGCCAGCCUUCCUGGGAAGCUACACUUGACCCCUCCUCUCAGGCCUGCCACAGAUGACUCCAACAAUUACUGAGCCCAGCUGAGAGCAGGAGGCACAUGGCAUCUCUCACCUCAUCCCUGCAUCAGCUUGAGUGCAGCUGUCACCCACAUUGCUCAAACAUAGAGACCAAAGACAGUGCUGAUGUGACUCGCCUGGGGAUGCCCAUGGUGAGUGAGUGGGGUUGAUGGGGUUUGAGACCCACCUGUAACUCCACAGGCUCAGCUAUUCAUCAGGCUCUAGAAUGUCUCUCACUGAGCUCCUGCAGUGAACCCCUCCCCUAAAGCCUUCAUUCCCCCCUUCUUCAAGAGCACAGAUAUCUGAGCAUCCUCUGGGUGCCAGCCUUGUAUCUCCUUGAAAGCAGGCUUAAAACCCUGGGGGCAAGGGGUGCCCCUCAUUUGAUCACCUGUAACUUUGUACUACACCUGAGCAGAACAGGUAUUCAGUAAAUGCUUGUUGAAUGAAUGAAAUAUCAAAAGGUUGUGCAUAGUUUUCUGACUUCUUAUUGACCAUCAGCCUUGUGUCUAGAGAGUGGCAGAGUUAAGGUCUCCCCUUGGCAGAAGUUCUGAUGGUAUUUUCUUGUUGUGACACUGACUGGUGAUGAUGGGGGAGAACCCAGCCAGGCCAAGAUCACUACGGAGGGCAAGCAACAAGGUGGCCCAGGGCCAUGGCAAGGCAUGGUCUACAGUGACCCAUAGCAGGUGGCUACCUGGAAAGAACUUCUGGCGUAGAGGUUCUCAGUCUGGAGAGCAUCUUAGGCAAUCCUGGCACUCUGGAGAUUAACAUUCUCAGCAGUCUGGGUUUCAGCAGUGGCCUGCUAGGCACCUUGUUGGGAAGAUGGAGGAAACCUUCCUCUUGUUUCUAGUGGGUUUCAGGCUCCCUCAGUCCACCUCUCUCUCCAAACCCUUCCCCUCAGGGUGCCCUCCCCUGCAAGAGGGGCCCAGGCAGUGCCAGUCUGACUGGGCUCUGCAACCCUCAAGGAUGUCCUCACUUAGGGGGAGAGGGGAACUACGGAGCCAGUUCCUGGGACAGUCACUUAGCUCAGUGCUGGGAGUGGAAGAGGCCAGUCUGGGGCACUUUCAUAUCUCUGGUCAUUUCUAACUCUCUCAUUUACACAUGGCUGUAGAGGUUAUAGGUUUUGUACUGUAUAAAGUAAACCCUAUGAAGUAGGUCCAGUUGUUCUCAGUUCACAGCUGUCCCACAGAGCCUGAGUGACUCACUCAGGGUCUCACAUUGGUAAGUUGGGAGCUGGGGUUCACCCUGGAGCCUUUGUGUUGUGUGCCUUCCAAUCUCCUGUGGUUACCCUGGGAACUAGGGGUUCCUGAGUAGGAGGCGGGCAGCCCCAGCAUGCUCUAACAGUGGGGCAGCCUUGGGCCCUACAGCAGGGUACCUGUGUGCAGGCCAGGACGGUGAAGAAGACAGCAUAAGGGAGGUGCUGCAAAGGGGUGAGACCAGACAUGCUGGGGAAGAACCUAUGAACCAUAUUGGGGGUGCUGCUUACCUUUCCUGGUUUCUUAUUUUAUUUAUUUACUUUUUAAUGGAAUAGAGAUGCAAAACUCAAAAGUCACAGAAAGGAAAACAAUAAAAAGUAGUCUCCUUUCCUCCUUCACCCUCUGUUGUUUUGAUGAUAAAAUUAAUUACCAUUUUGUACAACCAAUUCAAAUACCGUGAAGUGCUGAGCCUCUUGUUCCUUGUCCUUGACCACUGGAGGUUCUCUCAGACCCUUUCUAUGUUCCUGACAUAAACAUGCAUGAACUUUAAUCUCUUUUACUGCACAACGUAUUGCAGACAUCUUCCUGGCAGGCUCUGGCAGAUGGUAGUUUCUUUAUUCUCUUGAACAGCUGCACAGUAGUCUCCUGUAGGUGACAAUUAAUUUAAAUGCUCUCUUGUUGAUGGGUAUUGAAGUUAUUUUCCAUUUUGCUGUUAUAAACAAUACUGCUCUCACUCUUUUAUUCUCCUAAAUGUUCUGUUUUAAAGUCCUCUUCAAAAAUAUAAAAUGACACUUGCCUCAACAAUGAAAAGAUGCAUAUUUUUUAAAAAUGCAUCCUGAACAGUGCAUCUUGCUUCUGUGUUUCCACCUUACUGCCCUGCUGUCUUGAGUCCCUGAUGUUAAUGUCCUGUGAUCCAGACUGAUAACAGAUAUAGCACACACCCCCAUAUUUGAGAGGGGAAAGGUGUCUUUUGUUGUUGUUAUAUGUAAGACCUUAGAAGUUGUCGUUUCCAUACUUACAACAAGAAAAAGUUAGACAAACUAAAAAUCAGUGACUUUUCUUGACUCAUCGGAGAACUGAGGCUGCAGGAUAAACAGCUUCCUUGAAACACGGAGACAGCUGCAUCCAGAGAACUACAACAACCAAGACCUAGAGCAGAAGCUGAAAGAUGCCAAAAACUGGUAGGAACAGUUAAAGAGUAAUUUUGACAAAUUAUUUCAGGCUAAAUAAGAACCUGGGGGGCUGGGCAGUAAGAGGGGGCUUACACUUUUGUAGGCUUCUCCUCCAGGAGCCACACUAUGUUUUCAAGGUGAGGAUAGAAAAAGAUCCCCCUGUGGGCCUGGCAGAGGGAGAGCAAAAACAGCCGUUGUGAAACCCUCCAGGCCUUUCUUCCUAACAGACCUACCUCACAAGGGAGGGAUUUCUCCAGAGAGCUAUUCUAAAGCCAACUGAAGGAAGGGAAUGCACACCUAUUCCAGUCCUCUCAAGCCUUCAUGUCUCACGUAAGGUAAUAAAUAAAUAAAUAAAUACAUACAUACAUACAUACAUACAUACAUAAAUACAUAAAUAAAUAAAUAAAUAAAUAAAUAAAUAAGCAAGAGAUGGGCAAAUUGGAAAUAGUAGGCCAGAAAGGACUAGGGCUUUUGAAGGUUUAAGUCCACCCCUGAGGCACAGGCUUACAAAACACUGAAACUUAAUUAGAAGCUUAGAAGAUAAGAGAACCAACACUCUCCUCCUUACCCCACUCACUCACCCUAUCACCACACUAAUAAGCCUCUAGUAAUAAUAACAGUGGAUUACAAUUAAAAGAGAAAGAGAUUGUCUCUAAGGACCAGAACAAAAGAAAACCACAAGAAGCCUCUAGAGUAAUAUUUAGCCUCUGGUGCCUAUAUCUAUGACAAAUAUUAAAACACCCCAACUCUUAGCCAGAUUAACAUAAAUCCUUAUACUAAAAACCUAUUUACCUCAGUAUCUACUGGGUUGUUGGAAAAGUCAUGAAGUAUUUUUUCUAUGUUUUUUGUUGCAAAAAUGCAUCAUGACUUUUCCGACAACCCAAUAUUACCCUAUAUAACAUUUUAACUGAAAAUUAUAAAGCCUGCUAAAAGCAAGAAGAAACAAAGUCUGAAGGACAAAGCUAUCAUCAUAACUAGACUCACAGAUGUUGGAAUUAUCAGAUAAAAGUUAGAAAAUAAGUUUGAUCAAUUUGUUUAGAGCUUUAAUAAAAAAUUAGAUAGCAUGCAAGAAAAGGUGGUAAUAUAAGUUGACAGGAAGGGUUUUAAGAAAGAAAUCAAACGAAAAUUCUAGAAAUCAAAAACGUAACAAAUGAAGAAUUCUUUUCAUGGGGUUAUCAGUAGACAACAUGGCUGAGUAAAAAAUCAGGGAGCUUUAUUACAAGAUACCUUGAGACAGAUGAAAAUGAAAGUCAACAUGCAAAAACAUAUGGGAUGUAAGAGGGAAAUUUAUAUCUGUAAUGCAUACAUUAAAAAAGAAGAAAGAUAUCAAAUUGAUAACCUAAUUUUAUACCUUAAGGAACUAGAAAAAGAAGAGAAAACUAACCCAAAGCCAGUACAAGGAAGAAAAGAAAAUGCAUGGAGA